UGACCGUCUGGUCGAGCCUGGUCACACUCUUCUCAUCUCAUCCCGCACCUCAUCACGGAACGUCUCUCUCCCGUUUUCCAAGUCGCCAGGAUCGCUCGCCGACAUGUAACCCUCGUUCCCAUCUCGAUCUCGAUCUCGCCCGGCCUAUAAAUACAACAAAACCUAACGUACCCCUCUCUCCCAGAAGAGAGCAAGAGAGCAAGAGAGCAACAGCAAGAGAAACGAUCAAAACACAUAGAAGAGAAAGAGAAGAGAGAGAUGGAUUCGAUAGAUAUGAUCCAAAAGCCGCACGCAGUGUGCAUCCCCUACCCAGCCCAGGGCCACAUCAACCCCAUGCUCAACCUCGCCAAGCUCCUCCACCACCGGGGCUUCCACGUCACCUUCGUCAACACCGAGUACAACAACAGCCGCCUCCUGCGCUCCCGCGGCCCCUCCUCCCUCGACGGCCUCCCAUCCUUCCGAUUCCGCACCAUCCCCGACGGCCUCCCACCCUCCGAUGUCGCCGACGCCACCCAGGACAUCCCCGCCCUCUGCCAGUCCACGAGUAAGUUCUGCUUGCCCUACUUCCGGGACCUGCUCGAGAGGCUCAAUGAGGAGAGCACGACGUCGGGUUCCCCGCCGGUGAGCUGCGUGGUGUCGGACGGCGUGAUGAGCUUCACGCUUGACGCUGCUGAGGCGAUCGGUGUGCCGGAGGUCCUGUUCUGGACAACGAGCGCGUGCGGCUUCAUGGGCUACGUACAGUACCGCAAUCUUAUUGACAAGGGUCUUACUCCACUCAAAGAUGCAAGCUACUUGACAAACGGGUACCUAGACACCAUCAUCGACUGGAUACCUGGGAUGAGAAAUAUCCAGCUGAGAGACUUACCGAGCUUCAUCCAAACCACUGACCCGGAUGACCUGAUGAUACACUUCGUGUUGAGAGAGACCGAGAGAGCGAAGAGAGCCUCGGCCAUCGUUUUCAACACGUUCGACCGGUUAGAGCACGAGGUCCUCGACGCUCUUAAGGCCAUGUUCCCUUCCAUUUGUACCCUUGGCCCCCUUCAUCUCCUUACAGAGCAACUACCCGAUGACGACACCAAGUCGAUCGGGUCCAACCUGUGGAAGGAAGACUUGGGCUGUCUCGAGUGGCUCGACUCAAAACCGCCCGGCUCGGUCGUGUACGUGAACUUUGGGAGCAUCACAGUGAUGUCUCCGACACAGCUGGUGGAGUUCGCAUGGGGGCUCGCGAACAGCUGCCAGACGUUCCUGUGGGUCAUCAGGCCCGACUUGGUUGUCGGCGACAUGGCAAUCUUGCCAUCGGAGUUCUCGGCCACGACAAGGGAGCGGAGCCUGCUGGCGAGCUGGUGCCCCCAGGAGCGAGUGCUAAACCACCCGGCGGUUGGCGGGUUCCUGACCCACAGCGGGUGGAACUCGACGAUCGAGAGCAUCACGGCCGGCGUGCCGGUGUUGUGCUGGCCGUUCUUUGCGGAGCAACAGACGAAUUGCCGGUACAGCUGCGAGGAGUGGGGGAUCGGGAUGGAGAUCGACGGCGACGUGAAGAGGGACAAGGUGGAGAGGCAGGUGAGGGAGCUGAUGGAGGGGGAGAGAGGGAAGGAGAUGAAAAGGAAGGCGAUGGAGUGGCAGCAGAUGGCCCGGGAGGCCACGCGUCCUUCUGGGUCGUCCUACUUAAACCUGGACGAAGUGAUGGACAAGGUGUUGCUGUUGCCCAGAAGAGAUUAAAGUUUGUUCGGAAAUUCGUUUGCGAUAGCGGAAUAUAUGAGAAGAACUCUUUAGACGGUCCUCUUGUCUGGAUCUUAUCAACUUCAGUCUCGUGGCUUGGAUUUAUUUCCAUUUA